CUGAGGCUCUGUAAGCAAAAAAAUGUCCGCCUGAGGGAACCCACAAGUUCCUUCCAGCGGGGGGGGAGCGCUCGGCUCGUCGCCUCCCACCCAGCCCGCGGCCCGUGCGCCGCCGCCGGCCCGGCCGUGGUCACCGGAGCGUACAGGGACAGCGGAAAGGUGAUCGGAGGAGCGGAGGAAGAUGAAUUCCCAGCAGCAGAGGAUGGCCGCUAUAGGAACUGACAAGGAACUGAGCGACUUGCUGGACUUCAGUGCGAUGUUUUCCCCACCUGUAAAUAGUGGAAAAACCAGACCAACUACGCUAGGAAGCAGCCAGUUCAGUGGAUCAGGUAUGGAUGAGCGAACAGGUGCCACAUCCUGGGGAACAAGCGGUCAGCCAAGUCCUUCAUAUGAAUCUUCAAGGGAAAAUGGCAGUCUUCAUGGAAAAAGCUCAGACCUUUCCACAGACAUAGAAAAGUUGAAAUCUCAAGAGGGUUUUGCAGACAGUCCUCAUUACAGUGAUCACUUGAAUGACAGUCGAUUAGGGCCUCAUGAAGGAUUGUCCCCGACACCUUUCAUGAACUCCAAUCUGAUGGGAAAAGCCUCCGACAGAGGUCCAUUUCCACUGUAUGGUAGAGACACAGGCUUACCAGGCUGUCAAUCUAGUCUGCUUCGGUCUGAUAUGGGGCUUGGAAGUCCAGGUCAGCUGUCAUCCUCUGGAAAACCUGGAACACCCUACUACCCAUUCUCUGGCACAAAUCAACGCAGACGACCACUUCAUGACUCAUCAGCUCUUGAUCCUCUACAGACAAAGAAAGUAAGAAAGGUGCCCCCUGGUUUGCCUUCUUCUGUGUAUGCACCAUCCCCGAGUUCUGAUGAUUUCAACAGAGAAUCUCCAAGUUACCCAUCUCCUAAGCCACCAAGCAGUAUGUUUGCUAGCACUUUCUUUAUGCAAGAUGGGACCCACAAUUCUUCUGACCUCUGGAGUUCAUCCAAUGGCAUGAGCCAGCCUGGCUAUGGUGGGAUGCUUGGAGGCUCCUCUUCCCACAUGUCCCAGUCCGGCAGUUACGGCAGCCUGCACGCACACGAUCGUUUGAGCUAUCCCCCGCAUUCAGUCUCACCUACAGAUAUAAAUGCCAGUCUUCCUCCAAUGUCCAGCUUCCAUCGUGGCAGUACCAGCAGUUCACCUUAUGUAGCUGCCUCACACACUCCACCUGUCAAUGGAUCAGAUAAUAUUCUGGGAAACAGAGGAAAUGGUGCUGGAAGCUCACAGACAGGUGAUGCACUUGGAAAGGCAUUGGCAUCUAUUUAUUCUCCUGAUCAUACCAGCAGUAGUUUUCCAUCGAAUCCAUCAACACCAGUUGGGUCACCAUCGCCUCUUACAGGUGCCAGUCAGUGGUCGAGGAGUGGAGGACAAGCCCCCUCAUCUCCCAGCUAUGAAAACUCUCUACACUCCUUGAAAAAUCGAGUUGAACAGCAACUUCACGAGCAUUUGCAAGAUGCAAUGUCCUUCUUAAAGGAUGUCUGUGAGCAGUCCCGGAUGGAGGAUCGCUUGGACAGACUGGAUGAUGCCAUCCACGUGCUGCGGAACCACGCCGUGGGGCCUUCCACCAGCCUGUCAGCUGGCCAUGGAGAUAUCCAUAGUUUAUUGGGACCAUCCCACAAUGGGCCAAUUGGAAGCCUGAACUCAAACUAUGGAGCGUCCAGCCUUGUAACAGCCAACAGACAAGCAUCCAUGGUUGGGACUCACCGGGAAGAAGGUGUCAGCCUCAACAGCAACCAUUCAGUUCUUCCCAGUACAGUUUCUGCUCAGAGCACAGAACUAAAUCAUAAAACACAAGACAGCUACAGAGCACUGUCAGGUGGCUUACAGAGCCAGUCUGUGGCUAUAGGUCCAACAGAAAUCAAGUCUGAACAUAAGGAGAAGGAUGAAAAUAUCCAUGAACCCCCCUCAUCAGAUGACAUGAAAUCAGAUGACGAGUCCUCCCAGAAGGAUAUCAAGGUCUCAUCCAGAGGCAGAACAAGCAGUACUAACGAAGAUGAGGAUUUGAACCCAGAGCAGAAGAUAGAACGCGAGAAGGAGCGAAGGAUGGCGAACAACGCGCGGGAGCGUCUGCGCGUGCGCGACAUCAACGAGGCGUUCAAGGAGCUGGGCCGCAUGUGCCAGCUGCACCUCAAGAGCGAGAAGCCGCAGACCAAGCUGCUGAUCCUCCACCAGGCUGUGGCAGUGAUCCUCAGCCUGGAGCAGCAAGUGAGAGAACGAAACCUAAACCCUAAAGCAGCCUGCCUUAAGAGAAGGGAAGAAGAAAAAGUUUCUGCCGUAUCGGCAGAGCCACCAACACCACACCCAGGAAGCCACCCUGGCCUGAGUGAAACUACCAACCCUAUGGGUCAUAUGUGAACACCAGCCAGAAUUCCAGAAUUAUUGGUAGGAUACACAGAAGGUGACCUUUCUUCACAAGGACACAGACAACUAACAUUAUAUGAAGACACAAACCUGACAGGAGAAAACACUUGAAGCAAGAAACCCAAAUGCAAUCUUAUGAUCAAAGCUACUGGUCAACACCUGCAUCAGGAGUGAAGAUACAAGAUCUUCAGACAGAAUUUCAGCCCAUGAGAUACUCUGAACAUAUCAUUCUGUUGCAAGCAGUGUGUCGCUUCUGCACAAUCAGAGACUGUUGUGAUCUCUCCACUCAUUGUGGAAGUUGCCUUGUGCCUAAACUGAAUUGACAAAUGCAUUGUAACUACAAAUUUUAUUUAUUGUUAUGGAACUGUAAAGGUCUACAUAUAAAGGGAAAAGUUAACAUGUUAAAAGCUGAUAAAAUUUCAGCUGAAUGCCAGCAUUUACUAAAGCUGUUCACAUUCAGAGAACAAAGCAGUGACAACCGUCGACCCGUAGCAUUCCCAGCAUACCUAUUAGUGUCUUAAAAAAGGAAGGGAAAAGUCUUUUGUUGUCCUUUCCUCUCCUUUUGCCAUAUGACUAGUGUUUUCCAUGCAAUAGGGAAUUAUUCCUUGGUAUAGCUUAUUUUAUGUUAUUUUUGAUCUCUGUUAAUCUGAACAGUUAUGGUCACAGUUCCCCUUCCAUACUGAGCUCUGUGCCUCAAGCCACUCAGAGGCCUCGUGAAGGCUGCAGGCUGGAGCAAUACUGUGACCAUAACAUUUCUUGGAUUUAAAAAGUGAUUUUUAUUUUCCCUCAGACUUUCCUCAAACAUUUUUUUUUUCUAAUUAUAAACAAAACCUUUUUAGGCUUCUAGGCUUCAUAGUAAAGCUUGUAACGUGAAGUGUAAAUUGGGUGGGGAGAAUCUACUUUGUUAGAGUUGCUUUGUUUUCCGAGCAGUAAGUACUACAUAUAGUACAUGUAAAGUGUUAGCUGUAUGUAAGCACAAAAUGCAUUAAAAUACAAAGGAGAUUUUUUUCAGGCUGUAACUUUGGUGAAUAGUAAAAUCUCAGAUUCACCGUGGCAGGUAGUGUGAUGAUAUAACCACCAGCAAGGUGGGCUUAUUAUGUAAUGGAAUCUUAAGAGCAAUGGUCACCAGUUUUUCCUUCCUGUACACGUUAACUAUCAUGUCAUGUUGUAUGGCUUGUCAGUGGAGAAAAAAAUAGUGUGAAUCAAAUGCAAAUACCCCUGUCCCAAGCCAUAUUAGCAUUAAACCUUUAAAUGUUUCUCCACCAGAAUAGUGUCCAUAAGUAUUCCUUUGUCACAGAUGUGUUGAAAUGGUUAAAAUCCCUUUGAACCUCCAUGGAAACUGUCUUCCACUGCAAUGACCAUGGAGGAAAUUUCCUAAGCCAAGGUUGUCUGAGCUAUUGUUUAUAUAGUGCAUCUUUCAUCACUGGCAAUUGGUUCACACACGAAACAGGAACAAAACUAUAGUUUUUAUGAAGUCAUUUCAUUUGAAAGAACAAAAGAUGGAUUGAUAAAAUAAACUAAUGAAUUUAAGCUCAUGUUUUGGAUGGUUCCUAACAAAACAGUUUGUGGAAUUAGUGGACUCAUUUCUAUUACUUUAAUUUGCAUAUAUCAUCAAAUAACACCUGAUUAUAUCUGUGGCCUUGUUCUUCAUUUCAGUGUUUAUCAGCUAAACGGAAUUUGUUGCUUAUGACGUGUGAAAGUGAUCACGUGCCACUGCCUGGCCUUUUUCCUUCUAAGCUUGUUGUCUUUUUGGCUAUAUUAGACUUUGCAGUAUGCCCAGAAGCUUUCCUUCAUAAAAUAGAAAGAAAAAAACAUUUGGCUUAUUUUUCACUGUAGCUAGUCUUUUAUACAAUAAUCUUGUAAGA